AUGUCCAGGGUCAACAAAGGUAGGUGUAUAGGUGUGGUCGUUACCGGUGGUCUUCGCCGCUUGACUGGACAAGCCGCGCUGCGAGGACAGAUAGUCCCAAAUGGCCACAUCCAUUCGCAGACGAUCGUUUCAGCAGAUGGCCACAAGUUUCUGGUGGUGAAUCACUCGGAUGUCCUGCAAGGCUUGUCCUGCGACCAGCUCGUCAAGCGAGCGAAGGUGAUCGAGCCGUUGGUGGAAAAGACAAAGGAGGUCGUCGCAUACGACUUGACUCUAAAUGUCAUUGCGGCUCAGGAUAGCCAGCACAUUGCGGCGGUCAUCGCCCGCUGUGGGCAGAAGAUCAAUGCCGAGUGCUCCCUUGAACUUCAAGCCGCAUGUCGCUGGCCUGCUGCUGUAGUCACCUCGUACAACAACACUCCAAGGGCUUGUCCAUGCAGUAUGCCGCCCCUUUCAGCCGCCCCUUUCAGUGUUGGUGGUCCCACCAUGGUUCAGUGUGAUUGCAGAAGCCCUGAUUACAGUAUCUUGAAUCUUGAUAUGUUCCAGAAUUUGCUCAGUGUCAGGAAGCUUGAGGUAGUGGCAAGUUCAGUUGAUGCACACUCCGGGCGCCCCCAUCGGCUACAGGUUGGCAGGUUCAGAGGGAGAACUCCUCUGCAGGCAACUGGUAACUAUAGUACCAAUGCAGGAUACGAAACUCAAGUUUUGGCACGUGGUGAGACCAUGCUUCAGCUUUAUUAUAGCCGACGCGCCUACACCUCAAGUUCGGUUGCGUGCCGGGUGAGAUGCCAUUCCCUGACAUGA